AAAUUUAAAAACAAUUAUAUUGCGCAAUAUCCGCUUCACUACUUUCGGUUCUUCCGGUGUGUAGUACGGUAAUGGCGUCCGUUAGUAAGAAGACGAGUACACCCACUGAGGGGGAGCUGACGGAAACAAUCGGGUCUUCGAAGCGAGAAGACAGACUACGGAAGUUCCGCGAGUUACAUUUUAAACGGAAUGAAGCACGCAAGCUCAAUCACCAGGAAGUUGUCGAGGAGAAUAAUAGGCUGAAGCUCCCCUCUAACUGGGAGGCUAAAAAAGCCAGACUGGAGUGGGGACUUCAUGAAGAUGAGAAGAAAAAGGAAUGUGCAGCCAGAGGGGAAGACUACCACCGAGUGAAACUUCUCGACAUCACGGCUGGUGACGCGGAGCGGUGGGAAAGAAAGAAAAAGAAGAAGAAUCCUGACAUGGGAUUUGCAGGUUAUGCUGAGGCCCAAUUUCGGCAGUAUCAGAGGCUCACCAAGCAGAUCAAACCAGACAUGCAAAACUAUGAGAAGCAACGAGAGGAAUGUGGUGAGGACUUCCACCCCACAUCCAAUAGCUUGAUCCACGGCACCCAUGUUCCCUCGGAGGAGGGCAUUGACCGCAUGGUGGAAGAUGUCGAGAAACAGAUCGAAAAGCGCGCCAAGUACAGCCGACGAAGGGCCUACAACGACGACGCCGACAUCGACUAUAUCAACGAGAGGAACGCCAAGUUCAACCAGAAGGCCGAACGCUAUUACGGCAAAUACACAGCAGAGAUCAAGCAGAACCUGGAGAGAGGCACUGCUGUGUGCAGUGUGGUAAGGAGCAACAAGAGUGUCAUUCAAUUCAUUAUCAUUCACCCCAUCUGUCUGGCUAACUUGCCCGAAGCAGCUACAUGAGGAGAAGAGCCUUGUGACUGGUGAGAUUAAUGGCAGGCCAUUCCCAUCCCAUGCGCCCGACCAACUACUCUUACUUGUUCAAAGCUUACUCGUGAGCACACAGUGCCCUCUACUGGGCCUCAUUGAGUUAUUCCCUUUAUUUUAUUCCUAAAAAAUACGGAGUAGUUUACAGACCAUUUUAUUUUAUUUUCCAACCCCCAUGACUCUUGAAUUUUUCUAAAACUACACCCUCACGUAAAAUUGGAGCCUUACAACCUUGUAGCUGUAAACUACUUGAAGGCCUUUUUUCUUUUAGAAUUCAUGAGUCAUUUUAAUGUGAUCAUAAUUUGAUUUUUUUUUUCCCCCCUUCACCUUAAUGAACAUUUGUGUUCUACUGGUCAGCUUUUCAGGAUGGCCACUCUAAGCAGUAUAUAUAUACCCUACGGAUAAACAAUGAGAUGCUACCUAAAUUUACAGGAGAUAGUAAUUUUGACAGUUGGCGCUAAACUAAAGCACAUAGUACGUUCACUUCAGCCACUUGUUUCAUAAAGUUGAAAAAAAAAAGGACAGUUUCUUUUCAUCAAUAAAUACUUUAUUUGAACAUAGGUACAUGACUCGGGGAAUAAACUAAUCCCACCUGAA